GACGUCAUCGUGUCCGCGUUGGAAGCGUUGCCGGGGCCGAGCGUGACGUGGCAGAGACACGAAUAUCCGCCGGAGACACAGCGGCACAAGCAGCCAUGGGCCUCACCAUCUCCUCGCUCUUCUCCCGGCUCUUCGGCAAGAAGCAGAUGCGCAUCCUGAUGGUUGGUUUGGAUGCCGCAGGGAAGACGACCAUUCUGUACAAGCUGAAGCUGGGAGAGAUCGUGACGACCAUCCCGACCAUCGGUUUUAACGUGGAGACCGUAGAAUACAAAAAUAUCUGCUUCACCGUGUGGGAUGUCGGCGGUCAGGACAAAAUCCGCCCCCUCUGGAGGCAUUAUUUCCAGAACACGCAGGGUCUCAUUUUUGUGGUAGACAGCAACGACAGAGAGAGAAUCCAAGAAGCCGCAGAGGAGUUACAGAAAAUGCUUCAAGAGGAUGAGCUCCGGGAUGCGGUGCUUCUGGUUUUCGCAAACAAGCAGGAUCUGCCCAACGCGAUGGCCAUCAGCGAGAUGACGGACAAACUGACGCUCCAGACUCUGCGCAACCGGACCUGGUACGUGCAAGCCACCUGUGCUACUCAAGGGACCGGGCUGUACGAAGGACUCGACUGGCUGUCCAACGAGCUCUCCAAACGUUAACCGGCGCCACGCUGAGACACCGAGGACACGGCCAACUGGAGGGGUCUGAGGCUCGUAACAUCCAAACUAGUUUGCAUCUUGGUUCUGAAAUGGUUUGAGGAACCGGUCUGGGCUGCCCACACUCAAGAAACGUUAACAGAUUUUAUUUUAUUUACCAAUUGCUGUUUUUUUUCCUCUUUCUUUUCGUAUUGCCUCGAGCGGUGUGGCUAGGGUUAAACCGAAAACGUAAUAAAUUCCCUUUUUGUGAAUGUGUAUUUUGGUUCAACUUGUCCCCUAUUUCCUCCCCAAGCUUUACUCGCCUGGACAUAAUUAUUGUGAUGCAGUAGAAUCCAAUGCUUUUUUUUUCUGUUCUUUCACCGUUUUUCUCGCAUUAACCCCCCAAUCCCCGAAUACAAACCCGGUGUGAUUUUCAAGCUCUUGCGAAGUCGGGGCUCGCUUGUUACCCCCACACUUUAGCCGAUGUUUUUAAGGUAAUCCCUAGGCAGUCGUAUCUCGUCAUUCCUUCUCAUGGUUUGUAGACGCAGCAUUCCAUUGGUAUUUAUUUUACAAACUUUCCACAUGAAAAAAUUAACCUCAAAGGGUAAGAGUUGCACGUCUUGCGCUCAAAAAUCUAACCGAGAACACUAUUUAAUUGGCUUUCUCCGAUUAGUUUCUUAGAACCUGAUUGUUUCCUUGGUGACCAGAGAAAAAUGGCGCUGAGCUGGCCGAGGCGCGGCGCCUGCUUUGCCGCCGGCUGACCUCGCGCUCGCUGCGGCACAGUCCGGGGUCUCGUCUCAUCACUUAGCAGAUCGUCUCUUUAGGGGUUUUAUGUUGCAUGUCGCCGUCGGCUUGGCUGCUCUGCCGUGUACCAUAGCUCUGAUUUGUUUUUAUUGUUUAUUGGUGAACAUAUCUUCAGAAUGCAAGACUUUUUUUUUUUUUUUUGUUAAAUUCCUCAAACUGAACAAUUGAUGUUUUUUGUUUUUUCCUUCAUAACCCAUUAAGAUUUAUUCCUAAUAAAAUUCUAAAAAUACAA